AUGGGUAGAAAUAAUAACACAAAUGUGUCUGACUUCAUCCUCUUGGGACUGACAGACUCUGAAGUGAUGCGGCUGGUCCUCUUCAGUCUGUUUCUCCUGAUUUACCUGGUGACUGUGCUGGGGAAUGCAGGGAUGAUACUGCUAAUCCGCCUGGAUCUCCAGCUUCACACCCCCAUGUACUUUUUCCUCAGUCAUCUGUCCUUCCUUGAUCUCAGUUAUUCAACAGCCAUUACCCCUAAAACAUUAGAGAACUUACUGACUUUAAAGAAGUCUAUUUCAUUUGGAGAGUGUUUUACCCAGAUGUAUUUUUUGGUCUUCUUAGCUGGCACUGAAUGUUUUCUUCUCUCAUCAAUGGCCUGUGAUCGCUAUGUAGCUAUUUGCAACCCUCUACAGUACCCAGUUACUAUGUCCAUGACACUCUGCUGCUCCCUCAUCACUGUAUCCUAUCUGAUUGGCUUUAUUGAUUCAAUUGUCAAUGUGCUUUCCAUAAACACCUUGCAUUUCUGUGACUCCAAUGUCAUCCAUCACUUUUUCUGUGACACAACCCCAAUUUUAGUCCUGUCCUGCACUGACACACAUGACACUGAGAUCAUGAUAUUCAUUCUUUGUGGCUCCACCCUGAUGGUGUCUCUUAUCACAAUCUCUCUGUCCUAUGCGUUCAUUCUCUCUACCAUCCUGAAAAUCAAUUCUGCAUCUGGAAGGAGGAAGGCUUUCUCUACCUGUGCCUCCCACCUCCUGGGAGUCUCCAUCUUCUAUGGUACCAUCAUUUUCACCUACUUAAAGCCAAGUAAGUCCUACUCUUUGGGAAAGGACCAAGUAGUCUCUGUAUUUUACACUAUUGUGAUCCCCAUGCUGAAUCCUUUCAUUUACAGUCUUAGGAACAAAGAUGUGAGAAAUGCUCUCAUUAGAGUUAUGCAGAAAAGAGAGAGCACCAAGCAUUAA